AUGGAGACAACGAAAAUCGUGGGCAUCUUGGAGGUCGUGAUUGAUUCCAGCGACCACGAGGCGGUAUCUGCUACUAGCAACGAUGACUGUAUCCUGAAGUUCGUCACGGAGGAGGUCGGUCGCUACCUCUUCUUUCAUUACGAACGCUUUUUCCACGUAUCGCCACAUUCCCAUCCCCCAGCACUCCCCUCCGCCGCUAGCGACUUGGAGAAUACAGAGCUGUUUCCUUCCCCACCGGAAGGGCCUGUCUCGCAGGACCACCGCCAUCUCGUCCUGAACAUCGGUAAGGUGAAUCUGAAUGUUCCGGAGCCUGCUACUCUCGCGAAGAUCAGCAUCCAGCAUGGGUCUACUGUUCUUUACGAGACGAGCACGCUGCUGCAUUAUGAAUCCCAUGCUGACUCAAACGGAGACAAGACGCAUUUAUCUUCCGCUGCGCGUGAGAUCACUUGUGACCCAAGCGGUGGAAUUGAAAUGGGAUUGCGGUUGAUCGAUAUUCCUCAUGGCUCUCACUUGAAGUUCACCUUUACGACUAAAGCUGGUGAAGUGGUUGCGUGGAGUGGGCUCCACCUAUUUGAUUUUGGACACACGUUGCGAACAGGAACUACGCUCAUGGACAUCUUACAGCUUCCUGCUGGGUCCAUUAUCACCCCUCUGGAUAUCGAGAACUGCUUACGACAUGAGCGCCUCAACCACCAGAAGGUCGGGAGUAUGGAGAUUGUGCUGGAGUGUUCAGGGUCGUGCCCUCAAUCGUUCGCGUUCUCCAGUUUGUCAAAGAAAAAGAGCAUUACCUUCCGGGCGUCUAUCUUCUUCAAGGGAGACAGCAGUGACCAAAAGCCAGGAGAGCACGAGGCUAUCACUCUCGAAACGAUUCCUGCAGAUAAGCAGAAGCUGUUGCAGCGACUGAGACGCGACCCUCUCGUCGAACUAUCGCCGGACGAUCGGAAUUUCAUUUGGACAUCGCGGUUGAUUCUGACGGACGAUUCAGCACUGCUUCCAGCGUCUCUUCUGUCAGUUGACUGGGGAAACCGAGAGCAGGUUCUCGAAGCCUACCGCCUCCUGUUGCAAUGGAAACAACCUACCUAUCUCCAAGCUCUUCAGUUGCUGAGUCCGCUCUAUUCCGACCCCAAAGUUCGCGCUUAUGCUGUGCGGUGCAUGCACGCGCUACCCGAUUAUCGGUUGCAGCUGUAUCUACUCCAGCUUGUUCAAGCACUGAAGAACGAGCGUUACCAUGACUCGGCGUUGGCUCGGUUCCUACUGAUGAGGGCUCUGAUGAAUCCAUCGCAGAUCGGAUAUUUGCUCUACUGGUUCCUGAAGGCUGAGGCUCACAACCAUCAAACGGCUGAGCGCUUCAACCUCAUCACCUCGCAAUAUCUACAGCUCUGCGGAAGCUACAAGCUGGAGAUCCGACAAUCCGUGUACGUCAUGAAGAAGCUCGAAGAGGUUGCAGCCCUCGUAAAAAUGGAGUCGUCAUCGUCAGCACGUAAAAGUAAGCUUCACGAAGCCCUCCGUGCUGUUGUCCUGCCCGACACCUUCCAGCUUCCUCUGCAACCGCGAUCGUACUGCAACAGCAUUAUCGUGGAUAGCUGCCGCGUGAUGGAAUCGAAAAAGCGUCCACUCUUCUUGCAGUUUGAAAGCGCAAAGGCGCAGCAUGGACGGCCUUACGUGAUUUUCAAGUCUGGCGAUGACCUUCGUCAGGACCAGCUCGUUCUUCAGAUAUUGCGCGUGAUGGACGACUUGUGGCGCGAGGCAGGUCUCGACCUGUGUCUGCUCCCUUACGCUUGCAUCUCCACUGGCGACGAAAUUGGCAUGAUCGAAGUGGUUGGCGACUCCGAGACUCUAGCGAGCAUCAUAUACGCGCGUCAUGCGAAGUCACGCACGAAACUCGGUCGGAAGCUGAACGCAGCGAAGGACGCUCUUGUAAAGGACGGUGUCCUCUCGGAUUGGUUGUUCAAGCAGCCGAGCUCUCCGACGGGUAAGAGCCAUCCGAACUCCACGGAUAUUGCUCUCGACUCGGUGUCACCCAACGGAUCUGCGCCUAGCAGUCCAGCCAAGGAGGAGCCAUCGGUCUCGACCUGCUUCCCACUGUCCCCUCGACGGCGUCGGAAAACCGCCUCCACUCGGGACAUUGAAACUACGCAGAACUUUGUGCGUUCCUGCGCUGGGUACUGCGUGGCUACGUAUGUUCUGGGCAUCGGCGACCGCCACAACGACAACAUCAUGCUGCAGCGUUCGGGUAAGUUCUUCCACAUCGACUUUGGUCACUUCCUGGGCAACUUCAAGUCGAAACUGGGCGUGAAGCGAGAGCGCGCCCCGUUCGUCUUCACGCCGUCGAUGCUGGACGCCAUGGGCGGCAAGAAGAGCGAAAACUACAAGCAGUUCCAGCAGCUCGCGUGCGACGCCUUCCAAGUACUGCGGACCAACUCGAACCUGCUCAUCACGUUGCUGGUGCUCGCCCUCACUUGCGGCAUCCCAGAGCUCCACAGCGCGAGCUGCAUCAAAUGGGUGCACAAGACGCUGAUGCUCGACCUGCCUGACGACGAGGCCUGCGAAGCCUUCAAGAAGCUCAUCCACGUCGCGCUGCACACCACCACCACCAAACUCAACGAUGCAGUGCACCUCAUGGCCCACUAA